GUGGGUUUCUCCCGGAGCAGACGCAAGACUCUGUUCGGUGUGCGUGAUAUGCGGCUGCGUUCAGACGCGGACUUUCCUAGGAGAGAUGUGCUCCGCUGUAGAGCGUGGCGGCGCCUUGUGCCGCGUUUUUGACGCUUAGUUUGGCGCGAGCUCAGGGCGCAGCAGGAGCCCUCCGCGGUUCCGCACGUCACGUGACACGUGCACUGCAGCUGUGUGUUCGCCUCAGGCAGUCGGACUUAGGCUAAGCUAGUAGCUAAUAGGUAGGUAGUACUGGUAAAAUAGGUGGUAGGUAGGUAGUAUUGGUAAUAGGUAGUUCGCUAGAUAGUACUGGUAUAUUUAUAGCUUAGUAAGUGGUAAUAGCUAGUGGGUAAUGCUAGAUAAUAGUAGUUUGCAGUGCUAGUACUACUAGUAGUAGUAGUAGUUAGUGACACAGCUGCAGGGGCUCCUCUUUCUUCUUGUUCUUCACACUUAGACAUGAUGGAGGAGGAGGAGCGCGGCCCCGGGGCCCUUUAUCACAUGUUUGUGCUCAUGGAGGAUUUGCUGGAUAAACUCAAACUGUUGGACUAUGAGAGUGAAGUGCUGGAGAAACACAACAUGAAGGCCUUGUCCAGGCAUUACUUUGCAUCCAGCCCCUACAUGCCCUCGAACCCGGGCGAGCAGUUUUACACCUUCAGCAUCUUGGCUUGGUGGCUCAUCAACGAGGCAGGUCGACCCUUUGAGCAGCCGCAAGAGUACGAUGAUCCCAACGCCACCGUGUCCAGGAUCCUGGCAGAGCUUCGCACCCUGGGAGGACAAGUUGACUUCCCUCCCUCCAAACUGAAAACUGGAUCAGGGGAACACGUGUGCUAUGUGCUGGACCGUCUCGCUGAAGAGGCCUUGAAGAAGAGAGGAUUUACAUGGAAGAAACCCAACUACCCCACAGAGGAGAUGGAGGAGGAGUCCCUUGUGGAGGACGAUGCUGAACUCACACUGAGCAAAGUGGAGGAAGGCAUGAUUGAGGAACCUGAUGACAAUGAAGAGGAACAUCUCAUUGAUCUUGAAGCGUUGAAGGCAAGGACCAAUCAGAACGAGACGGACACUUCUUCAAAGCCGGAUGACAUUUUGGAGUCCAACGUAGAUGCAGCUGAAUGGAACCUGGAGGUGGAGAGAGUACUUCCGCAGCUCAAGGUGACAGUGAGAUCAGACAACAAGGACUGGAGGAUCCAUGUGGACCAAAUGCACCAGCACAAAGACGGCAUCGAGUCGUCUCUGAAGGAAGCCAAGGGCCUCCUCGACAAGCUCCAGGAAGAGAUCAACAGGACCCUGGAGAAAGUGGGCAGUCGGGAGAAGUACAUCAAUAAUCAGCUGGAGCACCUGGUCCAGGAGUACCGCAGCGCUCAGUCAAAGCUCAGUGAGGCUAAGGAGCACUAUCAACAAGGCAGCGGCGGAGUGACAGAGAGGACCAGAAUUUUGUCUGAGAUCACUGAGGAGCUGGAGAAAGUAAAGCAGGAGAUGGAGGAAAAGGGAAGCAGGAUGUCGGAUGGAGCACCAGUGGUGAAGAUCAAGCAAAGCCUGACGAAACUGAAGCAGGAGAUUGUUCAGAUGGACAUCCGCAUCGGCGUGGUGGAACACACCCUGCUGCAGGCGAAGCUAAAGGAGAAGUCCAACAUGACGAGGGACAUGCACGCCACCAACAUUCCCGAGCCUGCCAUUGGGGGAUACUGACUUCACGUGCCAGGCCCCACACGUGGCACCAGGACGUGCAGUCUGGUUAAAGUCAUGAUGUCGCUGUACUCCUCUGUCCUAUAUGUUUAAUCUCUUUUGUAUGUUUUGGCAGUA